UUUUAUACUCUAUGGUAAUGUUCUUAAAAAAGCUGGGGUGGCGUUAUCAUUUUACAACAGUUUAAUAUUAAAAGUUAGAAAUUACUCAAUUAAACACCAUGGGCAGAUCCAGAUCAAGAAGUAAAUCACCAAGGCGACAUCAUAAAAGCAGUAAACAUUCACGUAAGAAAAGUAGGUCUAAAGAUCGCUCUUCAUCCAGAAGCAGGAAUUCAAAACAUGUUGAAAAAUCUAAGGAAAGAAGUUCGAAAUCAAGAAAACGGUCACGUUCAGCAUCAACAUCUAGUACGAGCGAUGCAUCAUAUGAUGGCAGCAGAAGAAAGAAGUCUAAGGGACGCAGCAAAAUGGACGAAGUCGAUCGGCUAGCUGAAAUGGAAAGGCAAAGACGUGUUAAAGAAGCUGAACAAAAGGAACCCCUGCCAGGCACAAGAUCUGCUACUACGCCCUCUAAAAUACUAAAGGUGGUUGAAGAAGAAGCCGCAAAACGAAUAGAAUUACUCGUAAAGAAAAGAGUCGAAGAAGAAUUAGAAAAACGUAAAGAAGAAAUUGAACAAGAGGUGGCGAAAAGAGUGGAGGAAGCUAAACGGAAGAUGGAAACAGAAAUGAUGCAAGAGCUGGAGCGACAACGAGAGCAGCAGCGGCGCGAGGAGCUAGCCAGACAGGAGGAAGAAGCUCGUAAAAGGAAAGAGCUGGAGGAAAUCAUGGCUGAAAAUAACAAAAAAAUUGAAGAGGCACAACGAAAGUUGGCGGAAGAAAGGUUAGCAAUGAUAGAGGAACAAAGAAAAAUGGAUGAAGAAAGACAGAAGUUGAAAAAAGAACAAGAAAAGAGAGUUAAAGAGGAACAAAAGAAAAUAUUGGGCAAAAAUAAUUCAAGACCCAAAUUGUCAUUCUCUUUGAAACCCUUAUCAUGAGUCUUGUGUACAAAUGGUAACGUGAAAGAACCAUGCACUCGAAAUAUGUAUAUAAUUGUUCCUUUUAUAAUUUUUAUAACAAACGUUUUGCGGAUAUUUAUAAUUAUGAAGAUAAAAUACAAAAUGAAAAACAGUUGACAAUUUUAGAUAUCUGAAAUUGUUAGUAAAAUUUGCCUUACAAUAGCUAGAAAAAACUAUAACUUAUAAGAUUUCAUAUUUGCUCAUGUACAAUAGUUUAAAAUAGUUCAAUUUGACCUCGAAGUUAGUAAAUGACGCUAGUUGACAUUCGUAGAUAAAAUUAAUUGAUCGUUGAUAGUAAGUUGUUGAAAUUAUGUAUAGUGCUGCAAAUUUAUCUGACCUGGUGAGCAAAAAAAAAUUACAUUAUGUAUCAUUAUCUCUUUUUUUACAGCUAACCUCAAACUGCACAUCUUGCACUAAGCCAGUUCAAUUUGUAAUACUAUAAAUGAUAAUCGUGUUGUGAUUGAUGGUAGUAAAGUUACUUGUAUUGAGAUUGUGAGUUUAAUUGCCUUAAAUUACAUAUUGGCCAAUGGAGAUAUUUCAAAGGAAGUUGAAAUAUUCAUCAAUAAUUUUUAGAUGUGUUUCAGAAUGCAGAUGGUCAAUGUAUUGCGAGUCUAUAAUAAUUAGGGAGAAUCUUGUGUCAAUUUGUCCAUUUUGAUACAAACACACUACCUAUUAUAUUUCGUACUUAGAUCCUAAUUUCAAGCAAUAUUACUAUAAAAUAAAUAAUUUUUAUACUUAGUAAAUUAAUGAAAAUUAUUGUCAUCGCGACAUGGUCUUUUUAAUGUAGAAUUAUCUGAUGUUCUUUGGAACAAAACGGCAACAAAAGAUUCGAUAUUAUGUAAAAGUAAAAUUGUUAAUUUUUAUGGUUUCCAAUAUUGUUAAAAUAUGGAUUAUUUUUUAUUUAUCUAAAUUACAAUGUUUUUUUUCGGUGUCCAAUAAGAGUUUAUGUUGGCGUAUUUUGUGUCAUGGUUCGUUUAUGUUUGUAAUUGUCGUAAAACAAUAAUUUUAGUAAUAAUGCGGAAAUAGAAGUAAUUGAUCAAUAAAUUCCUUAUGUUCGUGUUUAAUUUAAUUACUUUAUAAGUUUAAAGAUGUCCUCGGCGCAAGAAAAGUCAAGCAUCACCGUUAUUCACCAAAUUACUUGUAAGAAAAUGUCGCAUCAGAUGGUCAUAAAUAAAUGAUGUCAUUAUUAA